AUGUUGCCUAUUCAAGACAUGGAUAUAAAAAACUCACCGUCUAGCCUUAACUCUCCUGCCUCCUACAACUGCGGUCAGCCCAUCCUUCCUCUGGAGCAUGGCCCCAUAUAUAUACCUUCUUCCUACGUAGAGAGCCACCGUGAAUAUUCAGCCAUGGCAUUCUAUAGCCCUGCUGUGAUGAAUUACAGUAUCCCCAGCAGUGUCAGCAACUCAGAAGGUGGACCUGGUCGACAGACCACAAGCCCACAUGUGUUGUGGCCAACUUCUGGACACCUCUCUCCUUUAGCGAUUCACUGCCAGUCUUCACUUCUGUAUGCAGAAGCUCAAAAGAGUCCUUGGUGUGAAGCAAGGUCACUAGAACACACCUUACCUGUAAACAGAGAGACACUGAAAAGGAAGGUUAGCGAGAGCAGAUCUGUCAGCCCUGUUACCAGUCCGGGUUCGAAGAGAGAUGCCCAUGUCUGUGCCGUCUGCAGUGACUAUGCCUCAGGAUAUCACUAUGGAGUCUGGUCAUGUGAAGGAUGUAAGGCCUUUUUUAAAAGAAGCAUUCAAGGACAUAAUGAUUACAUUUGUCCAGCUACUAAUCAGUGCACAAUAGAUAAGAACCGGCGCAAAAGCUGCCAAGCCUGCCGACUUCGGAAGUGCCAUGAAGUCGGAAUGGUGAAGUGUGGCUCCAGGAGAGAAAGAUGUGGGUACCGCAUAGCACAAAGGCAGAGAAGUUCCAAAGAGCAGCUGCACUGUCUGAACAAAGCCAAGAAAAAUGGUGGACAUGUGAGCCGAGUGAAGGAGCUGCUGUUGAGUGCCCUGAGCCCGGAGCAGCUGGUCCUCACACUCCUCGAGGCAGAGCCGCCCAAUGUGCUGGUGAACCGCCCCAGCGCACCGUUCACCGAGGCCUCCAUGAUGAUGUCCCUGACCAAGCUGGCCGACAAGGAACUGGUGCACAUGAUCAGCUGGGCCAAGAAAAUUCCAGGCUUCGUGGAGCUCAGCCUGUAUGACCAAGUGCGGCUCUUGGAGAGCUGCUGGCUGGAGGUGCUAAUGGUAGGGCUGAUGUGGCGCUCCAUUGACCACCCCGGCAAGCUCAUCUUUGCUCCAAACCUCAUUCUGGACAGGGAUGAAGGGAAAUGUGUGGAAGGAAUUCUGGAAAUCUUUGACAUGCUCCUGGCAACAACUUCAAGGUUUCGCGAGUUAAAACUCCAGCACAAAGAGUAUCUCUGUGUCAAGGCCAUGAUCCUCCUGAACUCCAGUAUGUAUCCUUUAGCCGCAGCAGCUCAGGAGGCCGAGAGCAGCCGGAAGCUGACACACUUGCUGAACGCCGUGACCGACGCUCUGGUCUGGGUCAUCGCCAAGAGUGGCGCCCCCUCCCAGCAGCAGUCCGUCCGCCUGGCCAACCUGCUGAUGCUCCUUUCGCACGUCAGGCACGCCAGUAACAAGGGCAUGGAACACCUGCUGAGCAUGAAGUGCAAAAACGUGGUCCCUGUGUACGACCUGCUGCUGGAGAUGCUCAACGCCCAUACCCUUCGUGGGUGUGCUUCCUCCGUCACCGGGUGUGGGUGCAGCCCAGCAGAGAAGAGUAGGAGGGAAGAGGAUGCCCAGAACCCCAGUCUCGGUGAUGCCCAGCCCUGAGGUGACAGGCUGCAGAGG